CCCCUUCACGGCGUUCAACUCCCACGACGUCUUUGUGCAAAAUCUUUCAAAGUUUGAACAACAAUGUGACAAAUACUCCACUUUCUUGUUGUCCAUCAUGAAGAUGUGCUUCAUCUUCCCAGCGGUGCUUCUUUGCACGACAGCCGCCUUGGACUCGGCGGUGGGCGGCCAGCAGCAGCAGCAGCAGCCGGGGGAGGAGAGCACCUGCGAGGCCAACGGCAGCCUCUACUACGCGGGCGAGUGGUUCUUCCUGGACUCGGACCACUGCACCCAGUGCGAGUGCACGGCCGAGGGCUCGGUGUGUGUCCGCACACAGUGCACCUCCCUGCCGGCGGCCUGCGUCCAUGUGAGCCGCUACCCCGGCGACUGCUGCCCGCGGUGCGAGAGGAUCGGCUGCGAGUACCGGGGAGAAGUCUACGAGCUGGGCCGCGACUUCCAGCCUACAGAAUGUGAGCAGUGCACGUGUGCCAGUGAUGGCAUCGCCCAGUGUUUGGUGGCGGACUGCGCUCCUCCCCCGUGUGUCGACCCGGUGUACCUGCCAGGAAAGUGCUGCCCCGAGUGCACUGAGGGUCCAAAUUGCUACGUGGACUCGUCUCACAGCCAGGUGAUUCCUGCCGGGCAGCCCGUCUGGGUGGACUCCUGCACCAAGUGUCGUUGCCAUGACGGCCAAGAUGUCAGCUACUGGGAGGGAAACCGCUUGGCCACCUGCUCCCGCCUGAAAAACUGCACUCUUGAAACACAAAAGUGAUUGUGGUGUCUGCAGAGGAUCAGCUGGCACGUUUGUUACACACGACACAGUUGGCAUGUUUGUUACACACGACACAGUUGGCAUGUUUGUUGUUACACACGACACAGUUGGCAUGUUUGUUACACACGACACAGUUGGAUCAGUCGCACGCCGUCCGUCUUCACUAAUGAGCUCAGUGCAGCAAUUGUGGGGGAAGACCACAAAUGCGAACCAAAGAUGGUGUUUGGCUACUGUCGGAGGCAGAUAUUUACAUAUAUCCGAAUUUAAGUGUUACUUCUUUUAUUUCAUUGUCAUAUUUGAAAACAGCUCGUGUUUUUCCAUUUGUUCUCUUUCUGUUUGUCUGCAACUGUGUGUGUUAACCUUGAAGCUUUGGAAUGUAAGAAAGAGAGAUAAUGUGCAUGUGUUUUGACUAGAGAGACUUAAGAGGGGAGAGGGUUUUUUCGGGAGGACAGACCAUCUUAGGGGCGCAAUUGAAUGUUCUAUGCUGGACUGGUCUCAAUGUAUAUCUGCAAAGCUUUGCAAAUAUAUUACAAAAUACCUAUUCUGUCUCUGGUGGUUUUUCAACUCAGCUUUAAGUGUCGUAAAGAGCUUGGGAGCGACUUGUGACUUGAAUUCCCUGGGAGGAACAAUUGGUCCAAAACGCAACACUACCGUAUUUUCCGCACUAUUAGCCGCACCUAAAAACCACAAAUUUACUCAAAAGCUGACAGUGCGGCUUAUAACCCGGUGCGCUUUAUAUAUGGAUUAAUAUUAAGAUUCAUUUUCAUAAAGUUUCGGUCUCGCAACUACGGUAAACAGCCGCCAUCUUUUUUCCCCGUAGAAGAGGAAGUGCUUCUUCUUCUACGCAAGCAACCGCCAAGG